GCGGUUCCAUGGGUGGUAUGCAAGUGCUUGAGUGGUCAUUUUUUGGAAUUGAAUAUGUAAAGACAAUUAUUCCUAUUGCCACUUCUGCUCGACAAUCCGCAUGGUGUAUAAGUUGGAGCGAGGCUCAGAGACAAUCUAUUUAUAGCGAUCAAAAAUAUCAUAAUGGAUUUUAUCGGUUAAAUGAGCAACCAGCAGCAGGUCUUGCAGCUGCACGCAUGUCUGCGCUUCUAACAUAUCGUUCUCGAGAUUCUUUCGAGUCUCGAUUUGGUCGUACAUAUCAAGAUUUAAAUAAAAAUCCAACAGUCAAUGGUUUCUCAUUCGUUAAAGCAAAAACACCAGCGGAGUAUGCGUUAUUUCUACAUAAUGAUGGCCUUCGAUGUAAUAAUGUUAAUGGCAAGUCUUUAAAGUCAAGGGAUCAAAACGGAAACAAUAAUAUAGCCUUAAAACAAGCAAAUAUCCAAGAUAACGAUAAUAUUGAGCCACUUGAUAACAAAGAAUAUAAUCUGGAAAACAACAAUGUACAUUCAACUGCUGCUGUACCGCAUUUAUUUUCAGCACAGUCGUAUCUUAGAUAUCAAGGUGAUAAAUUUGUUAAAAGGUUUGAUGCUAAUUGUUAUAUAAGUCUUACACGGAAGAUGGAUGCUUAUGAUAUAACAAAAGAUAGAGGUGAUUUGAAUGAGGUAUUAGGUAGCAUUAAACAACCAACUUGUAUAAUCGGAAUCGAGUCAGAUGGUCUUUUUACUAUAUCUGAACAAUAUGAGCUGGCAGAAUUUAUACCAAAUUCUGAGAUGGUAACCAUUAAAUCGCUGGAUGGACAUGAUGGUUUUCUUAUUGAGUUUGAUCAGAUGAAUCGGCAUAUUCUUCGCUUUACUCGUACACAUUUAUCUGAAAUAUUUGAGGAAGAAUCAUGUGAAAGUGAUGGUAUAGAAGAAAACAAUAUAGAAGAAAUUUUGGUGGCUACCAAAAAUAGUUUGUUUGGUGAAGCAGAAGUAUCAUACAAGCCAAACUAUAACUAUCGCAUAGGCGGUUCCAUGGGUGGUAUGCAAGUGCUUGAGUGGUCAUUUUUUGGAAUUGAAUAUGUAAAGACAAUUAUUCCUAUUGCCACUUCUGCUCGACAAUCCGCAUGGUGUAUAAGUUGGAGCGAGGCUCAGAGACAAUCUAUUUAUAGCGAUCAAAAAUAUCAUAAUGGAUUUUAUCGGUUAAAUGAGCAACCAGCAGCAGGUCUUGCAGCUGCACGCAUGUCUGCGCUUCUAACAUAUCGUUCUCGAGAUUCUUUCGAGUCUCGAUUUGGUCGUACAUAUCAAGAUUUAAAUAAAAAUCCAACAGUCAAUGGUUUCUCAUUCGUUAAAGCAAAAACACCAGCGGAGUAUGCGUUAUUUCUACAUAAUGAUGGCCUUCGAUGUAAUAAUGUUAAUGGCAAGUCUUUAAAGUCAAGGGAUCAAAACGGAAACAAUAAUAUAGCCUUAAAACAAGCAAAUAUCCAAGAUAACGAUAAUAUUGAGCCACUUGAUAACAAAGAAUAUAAUCUGGAAAACAACAAUGUACAUUCAACUGCUGCUGUACCGCAUUUAUUUUCAGCACAGUCGUAUCUUAGAUAUCAAGGUGAUAAAUUUGUUAAAAGGUUUGAUGCUAAUUGUUAUAUAAGUCUUACACGGAAGAUGGAUGCUUAUGAUAUAACAAAAGAUAGAGGUGAUUUGAAUGAGGUAUUAGGUAGCAUUAAACAACCAACUUGUAUAAUCGGAAUCGAGUCAGAUGGUCUUUUUACUAUAUCUGAACAAUAUGAGCUGGCAGAAUUUAUACCAAAUUCUGAGAUGGUAACCAUUAAAUCGCUGGAUGGACAUGAUGGUUUUCUUAUUGAGUUUGAUCAGAUGAAUCGGCAUAUUCUUCGCUUUACUCGUACACAUUUAUCUGAAAUAUUUGAGGAAGAAUCAUGUGAAAGUGAUGGUAUAGAAGAAAACAAUAUAGAAGAAAUUUUGGUGGCUACCAAAAAUAGUUUGUUUGGUGAAGCAGAAGUUGAGUUUCUUUAA